AAUACCGUCCGACUCGACUCUACACUUUUUUUUACAACUUUUGAAGGCUGUUAGGAAGCGUUAGAUUAUAAUUUUUCAGGCUCAGCUCAGCUUCUUUUAUUAGGAAAUAUGGAUUUUCCAUCAGCUGAGAGGGCAGUGACGGUGUACAGAGAAUGUGCGAGUGCUCCUACUCUCUCAUCUGCAUCCAUUCAAAAGACUGGAGACUGUUCAUUUAGUGUACAUUCAACAUGGAGUCAAAGAGAUUUGGAAAGAGAAACUACAGUCAAGUUUAGAAAGACACAUAUUGUGAAUGUCGACAGCAAAGGUCAAGUAGGAAACGUCAUUGACCUAGCGACCAGCACUGAACUCAACUCGGAGCAGCUGAUACAAUGGUCUCCAUCUGGAAGGCUCAAAGCUGUACUCAGGAAAGUCAAGGAAAAAGGAGAUGAGAAGCAGUAUCUAGAGGUGUGGAACAAUAUACAAAAGGUUCAUAACAUCAAUUUGACUGCCCUGGACAAACAUGGCAAAGUGUUUGAAGAUGGUGAAUUUGGAUGUUUGGCGUGGUCUAGAUGUGAAUCUCAACUAUUGUAUGUGGCAGAGAAGAAGCAACCAAAACCUGUUUCCUACUUUGACAAAUCCAAAGAAAAGGGCUCAAGUGAGAAUUCAGAUGUGGAUUCUAAAGACAAGGAUCCUGAAAUUAAGGGAGACCAGUUUCUUCAUCGUCAAGAUUGGGGCGAGCUGUUAGUCGGGAAGCAUUCUCCAGUGCCUUGCAUCUUGAACCUUCAGACCGGUCAGGUGACCGUACCAGAAGGUCUGCCCAAGGAUGUCUCUAUCGGUCAAGCAGUCUGGACUCCUGAUGAUAGCGGGAUAGUGUUCACUGGAUGGGAGAACGAGCCCUAUAGGCUAGGGUUGAUUUACUGUAGGAAUAGGAGGAGUGCAGUUUAUCAUUUGGAUCUUUCAAGUCAAACAUGCAAUACCAUCAGUGUGACCGGUCAGUCUGUGCGGUCACCUGUCUUUACUCCAGAUGGCUCGAAGCUGAUCUAUGUCCAGAAUUCAUGCCACGGUCCUCACAUGCAAUGUGCUAAACUCAUGCUGUGUGAGUGGGAGAGUAAAGAAACAAGGAUUGCAGUUGAUGUAGUUCAAAGUCCUACAGGAGAGAGGCCUUUCCCUGGUUUAUAUGUUGGACGUUUUGAGCAAAACUGCUGGCUGGACAAUGAGACUGCCUUUGUCAGUACUGCUUGGAGAAGUAGUCAGGCAAUCAUUGCAUUCAAUAUCUGCACAGGGAAAGUCACCAGAGUUACCGAUUCCCAAGAAUUUGGUAGUUGGCUCUUCUGUGACAUCAAAGAGAGGGCUGUUCUAGCAUACAGAUCGUCACCAACUAAUUCAGGUCAACUGGUUAUAGGCGUUAUACCUCAGGAGGGCGACAUAUCAGGUAUUAGCUGGAAACCGUUACAUGAAGCGAGUGUGACUUUGCCAGAUGUAACUUGGAACGUCAUUACGCUCAAACCUAAGCCUGAACAAGGUAGUGAUAUUGAUUUUGAAGCUAUCAUUCUGAAGCCAACUGAAGAUUUGGUUGGUUCAGAGAAGAAGCCUCCUCUUAUAGUGAUGCCUCAUGGGGGCCCCCAUUCUCUGAUCUCCACAGGUUAUCUCAUGUUUCCUGGAGCUUUUUGCAGACUAGGAUUUGUGAUUGCCUGUGUCAAUUACAGAGGCUCGAUAGGUUUUGGACAAGACUCCAUCUAUUCUCUCCCUGGAGCUGUUGGGACCAAUGACGUCCAAGAUGUUCAGACUGCAGCUGAAGCAGUAAUAGAUCAAGGUCUGGUAGAUCCGAAGAGAGUAGCAGUAUCCGGAGGCUCUCACGGUGGAUUCCUAUCGACACACAUGAUUGGACAGUACUCAGAUUUUUACAAAGUAUGUGCCACCAGGAAUCCAGUCACCAAUGUUGCAGCUAUGCUUGGGGGUACAGACAUUCCAUCAUGGACUUUGACAGAGGCUGGAAUAGACUUUGAUUUCACCAUACCUCCAUCAGCCGAGAUGUAUGCUAAGAUGUUCAACUGUUCACCCAUGGCCCACGUUCAUAAGGUGAAAGCUCCAACUCUGAUAAUGCUAGGAUCAGACGACCUUCGAGUUCCACCCCAGCAGGGCAUACGCUACCAUCAAAUGCUCAAAGCACAAGGCGUCAAAACAAGAUUACUGAUGUAUCCCGAUAACAGUCAUCCUAUUAGCAAGGUAGAUGCCGAGGCAGAUUGCUUCAUGAAUAUGUAUACAUGGAUCACAGAUCAUAUAUAAAUCAUGAAAUCCUGGCCAGUUUGAUCCUUUAUUCCUAGAAAAGACAUUCAAAACGUGUUUUUAAUCCUGAUAUUAUAAAGACUGGGGUAUUUUUGAGGCUGCAAAGAUCGAAGGGUCCCUAGAGCCCCC